AUGUAUCUUCGUUAUGGUGGACAAAAAGUACGAUAUGCUAUAAUUAUAGUGAUUGGAAUCACCAUCUUGACACUUUACAUAAGCUACAAGAGUGUAAUCAAUAAGCUUAGAAGAUAUGACAACACAUUAUUUGGUGAGGAGAUGAUUGCUGUCGUAGGAGUGGAAGCAUGCAAGGCUAGUCCUCACAGCAAUGAAACAGCCGAGUAUGAUGUAUGUUGGUUUUCUGCUUAG